CCCACUCUCCUCUGGGUCGAAAACCCACUGACUCGAUGUACAAUCUGCUAGUGUAACGGUUAGGUCACUUCAAGAUGUUUGCCAUGUUCUGUAAUAUCCACUACCUGGGAGCACAGGUUAGAAGGGACUGUAGACUGAUGGCACAUUCCAUACCUGUGUUAAGAUGAACCUCUGGAUCAAAGGAGAAGGCUUGUUUCUACUUUCUCAAGGUAACCAGGAAGGGCUUUGUACAGCCCCGCUAACAAAACCCCAAAUCCUGAGGAUAAAUUUAGUAGCCUUCCAACAGGCAGAGAAGAGAAAAUCUCUUCUGUGCUGAAGUUACCGAGAGAGAGAGGUGCUGCCGAUCACUAUGGUCGUUCUGAGAGUGGGUGAUCAUGUGUGGCUCCAGACGAACAGGGGAGAGUUCAGUGUGCCUAUUGGGGCGGAGGUGAAGCGGACUGACUCCAGCAAGGUCCUGUUGCUGGAUGAUGAAGGCAAGGAGCUGUGGAUCGGCACAGCAGACAGACACCGAGUGGAGCUGAUGCAUCCCAGCUUGCUGAAGGAAGUGGACGACAUGAUCCAAAUUGAGGAUCUGAGGGAAGCUGUGAUGUUGCGGAACCUCUUCAUCCGAUACCAGAAGGAUGUCAUUUACACCUACACCGGCUCCAUCCUGGUGGCUCUGAACCCUUACCAGCAGCUCCCAAUUUACAACGUGGAGCAGAUCAGCCUGUACACCAACAGGAGGAUUGGAGAGCUGCCGCCCCACAUCUUCGCCAUCGCUGAUAACUGCUAUUUCAACAUGAAGAAGACCAACAAGGACCAGUGCUGCAUCAUCAGCGGAGAGUCGGGGGCAGGGAAGACAGAAAGCACAAAGCUGAUCCUGAAAUUCCUGGCUGCAAUCAGCGGACGGCACCAGUGGAUCGAACAGCAGGUCCUGGAGGCAAACCCGAUUCUGGAGGCCUUUGGAAAUGCAAAAACCGUGAAAAAUGACAACUCGAGUCGCUUUGGGAAGUACAUUGACAUUUUCUUCAGUGGAGAUGGGAUGAUAGAAGGGGCAAAGAUUGAGCAGUACUUGCUUGAGAAAUCCCGGGUGUGUCAACAGGCUCCAGAUGAGAGAAACUACCACAUAUUCUACAGUCUGCUGGUGGGCAUGAACACAGAGAAGAAGAAACUGCUCAGUCUGGGCACCGCACACGAGUAUGACUAUCUCACCAUGGGUAACUGUACAAGCUGUGUUGGGCAAGAUGAUGCAGAACAUUACGCUGAUAUUUGCUCAGCUAUGAAAAUCCUGACAUUUUCAGAUAAAGAGCAAUGGGAAAUUAACAAACUACUGGCUGCUAUUCUGCACCUGGGUAACCUCAAGUUUCAAGCCACUGUAUAUAAUAACUUGGACUGCUGUGAGCUUUUGUCUUCAAAUCACCUCUCCAUGGUAACCAAGUUACUUGAGGUGGACCUCAUGGAACUGGAGAAUGGAAUGACCAACAGAUCCAUCUUAAUCCGAGGAGAAAGUGUGUCAACCCCAAUGAGUAAGGCAUGGGCAGCCGGUAACCGUGACGCACUCGCCAAGGCAAUUUACAGCCGUCUCUUUGUGUGGAUUGUGAAUAAAGUUAACACUGUGAUCUACACACACCCUGUCAGUAAUCCAGGAAAGGUCUCAUCAAUUGGUCUGCUUGACAUCUUUGGCUUUGAGAACUUUGAUUUAAACAGUUUCGAGCAGCUGUGCAUUAACUUUGCCAAUGAGCAGUUACAACAGUUCUUUGUGAGGCACAUUUUCAAGGAGGAACAAGCAGAAUACAAGCAGGAGAACAUAGUCUGGCAAAACAUUGAAUAUGUUGACAACCAAAAAGCACUGGACGUUCUCAGCAUCAAACCAAUGAACAUCAUCUCACUCAUUGAUGAAGAAAGCAAGUUGCCAAAGGGCACUGAUAGGACGAUGUUAAACAAGCUGAGUGAUCACCAUAGCAAUAGUAGAGUCUACCUUCCACCCAAGAGCUCCCAUGACACCGAGUUUGGCAUUGCACACUUUGCUGGAGUGGUCUACUACAACUCGAAUGGCUUCAUCGAGAAGAACAGGGAUGAUCUGAGCUCCAGCAUCAUCCAGAUGGUACAGUCAUCCAGCAACACCUUCCUCAAACAAAUUUUCCAGAGCAGCUCCGGGUCAGCUCCAGGAAAGAAGACCAACCAUCUUCUCAUUCCCUACGGAGGAUCCAUCAAGAUCGCCGGUGAUGCUUCUCCAGGAUCUAUCCUACAGAUGACUGACGGUCACAGACGACUGACGACACUCUGCAGCCAGUUCAGGCAAUCUCUGGAAAAUCUAAUGAGAACUCUCAGAGCUAGUCAGCCCUUCUUCAUUCGCUGCAUCAAGCCCAAUAAAGACAAAAAACCUCUGCUAUUUGAUCGGGAGUUAUGCAUUAAACAGUUGCGAUAUUCUGGAAUGGGAGAGACUAUUCGUAUCCGCAAGUCAGGUUAUCCCAUUCGCUUCACCUUCUCAGAUUUUGUACAGAAGUACAAGGUAGCAGUGAAGUCGGCAGUGUGGAGGGGCACAGAGGACAACGUCCAGCUCUGCUGCAAGCAGAUUGCUGAGUCGAUGAUUGGAAUCAGUGGAGGUUGGAAGAUUGGGAAGACAAAGAUCUUUCUUAAGGAGAGCGAUCAUCUGACCUUGGAACUUGAGCGAGACAGAAUCUUGAUAGCAAAGAUCCUGAUGAUUCAGAAAGUCCUGCGUGCUUACAAAGACAGGAAUAAGUUCCUGAGACUGAGGGCUGCAGCUCUGAAGAUUCAGAGUCACUGGAGAGGACAGCAGUGUCGCAGGAAGUACAAAUUGAUGAGACAAGGAUUUGGAAGAUUACAGGCUCUCUAUCACUCGCAGAGAGUGGCCAAACAGUACCAAGACACCCGGCAGCUGGUGAGCCUGUUCCAGGCACGGUGCCACGGUUACCUGGCACGACUGAACCACCGCAAGCGGCUGGAAGCUCUGAUCAUCAUCCAGGCCUAUACGAGAGGGCUGUUGGUGCGGCAAAAACAUCUGAGAAAGAGGAAAGACGCCAUUCAUGGUGUUGGGAUGGGGCAGCUCGGUGGUGCAGGCAAACGACGGCAUGUGAAGUUAGUUGGCAUCACAGUGGGAGAUGAAGAGAUGGACACAAGAACAUCGGCAAGGAUAUCCAAACAGGACAUGGUGAAUGAGAGGAGGCAGAGAGAAAAGUUCUUGAGGGCACAGCAGGAAGAAGAGAAGGCUGAGACCCUCAGGGACCUGGAGAUGGUGGACAACAUCUUCAGCUUCUUGCCAAGUGUGCUGGCAAGUUCAGACAAAGAAGGUCCUUCAGGAUUUGAGGACCUGGUGGUGAAUCAGCAGAAACUGGAGGAGUUUGAUCUAGAUGAUACCUCUCUAUCCUCUGACUUUGGUGAGGAGGACGAUCUGGACCAAUACACCUUCGCAAAAUACGCUGCCACUUAUUUCCAAGGGUCUUCUACUCCCACUCAUAUCCGACGGCCUCUCCGACAUCCUCUGCUCUUCCACGAGAACCAAGUUGACAUCCUGGCUUCCCUGGCCGUAUGGAAUAUUAUCCUAAGGUUCAUGGGAGAUCUUCCAGAGCCCAAGACAUUUGCAAAGGCCUCAGAGAAGAAGAAGGACUCCAUCAUGACACAGAUAUAUGACUCCCUUGGCAGAAAGUCGAAGGCUUGCAUAACUACAAACCAGACCUCAGAUGAGGAUUCCCACACUCAAACACCUGGAGGGGGAAUGCUGUUGGAUGAGAAUCCUGUCUCGGACAGACCGAUGUCAAACCUGGAAAAGCUUCACUUCAUUAUUGGUAAUGCCAUUGCCAGACCCAGCAUCAGGGAUGAGAUUUAUUGUCAGAUCUGUAAGCAGCUUUCAGACUGUUACAACAAGAAUGUCUAUGCCAGAGGCUGGAUACUCAUGUCCCUGUGUGUUGGCUGUUUUCCACCCUCCGAGGGCUUUAUGAAGUAUCUGCGUAACUUCCUUCGAGCUGGACCAGUGGGGUACGCACCAUUCUGCGAGGAGCGGCUGUGGCGGACGGCAGUCAACGGAGUGCGGACAGAGCCGCCGAGCUACCUGGAGCUGGAGGCAUCCAAGACAAAGCAGCCAAUGAAGGUGACUGUGACAUUGAUGAGCGCACGGAGCUACUCCAUCUGCAUUGACUCUGCUACCACAGCCAGUGAGUUGUGCAAGACCCUGGCAAGCAAAAUUGGACUGACCGACUCCUUUGGCUUCUCCAUCUACAUCGCUAUGUACCAGAAGGUUUCCUCACUCGGGAGUGGUGCUGAUCACAUUAUGGACGCCAUAUCGCAGUGUGAGCAGUACGUGAAAAGGCAGGGUGGGCAGGAGCGACACGCGGCCUGGCACCUGCUAUUCCGCAAGGAGAUCUUCACCCCCUGGCACAACUGCAGCGAGGACCCAGCCAGCACAGACCUCAUCUACCAGCAGAUCCUUCGCGGCAUUCGGUUUGGAGAAUAUCUAUUUGAAAAGGAGGAGGAGCUGGUGGAGAUCGCUGCUAAAUAUUACUACACAAGGUUUGGAGUAGACACUGAGGCUGAGAAGGGGCUGGAGGUUGUCCGAACUUGUAUCUCCACCAAACUCUUACGGAGCAGGCCUCCAGAGGAAUGGAGUCAACAGAUCACAGCAUCAGUGAAGAGGUUAUUCAGCACCGAGAAACCGGACCCUUUCUCUCUCAAGGCCCAACUCGUAGACCUUGUCCGCAUGAAGUGGCCCUUGCUGUUCUCCAGGUUUUUUGAAGCUGCAAAGUUUUCAGGGCCCACCCACAUCCCAAGCAAGCUGGUGGUUGCUGUCAACUGGCUUGGCCUCAGUCUUGUGGACAAGAGUGAGAGAGUCCUAUGGAAACGUUCCUUCCCGGAGAUCACCGGAGUGAAUACGAACAGAGCUUCGAAGCUGUUUGGGCAAAGUGUGACAGUGAGCACACUGCAGGGCGAGGAGUAUACCCUCACAUCUGGGCACGCUGCCGACAUCGCUGAUUUGCUCAUGAUGUUUCUCAAUGGUCUGAAGGUGAGGUCAGAGUAUGCGGUGGCACUGCUCAACAGUCCCAAGCAAGAUGACCCCAUCUUCCUAAAAUUUGAGAAGGGUGAUUUGAUCAAGCUGUUGAAAACUGAGGAGAAUACUCAGGUGCAAGAUUACGGCUGGAUUCAGGGGUUGAAUGAGCGUACGGGACAGACGGGAAGUAUUUCCCUGGCGUCUGUCUACGUCAUUCCUAUCCUCAAGAAACCUUCAAAAGACGUGAUGGAUUUGAUCUGCAUGUCUCCCGACCAGCGGCGCCAGGCCACACAGACUAUCCCUCCAGAUGAAGUGGAGGCCAAGCUUUACACCCUCGAGGAGUUCUCCUACCACUACUUCAGGCCCCCAGGUAAAGAGUCAAUGAGCCGAGCGGUGUUUGCAAAGGCUCGUGUGAAGGACCGGAUCUGGGCCUGUUCCAAGGAGCCACUGAGAUUGCCUUUGUUGAAGAAAGUCUGUGCCAAUCCAGAGAUGGUACAAGUGGCAUGCCAAAGCUUCACUGCUAUAAUGAAGUACAUGGGCGAUUACCCAGGUAAGCUGUCCAAGACUGGCACUCAACUUACUGACCAGAUAUUUUCUGGAGCCAUGCAGGAGGAGGCUCUACAGGAUGAAGUCUACUGUCAGGUCAUGAAGCAAUUGACUGGCAACCAGAACAGGUACAGCAUGGACAGUGGCUGGCAGCUGCUCUGGCUCUGCACCGGGCUCUUCCCUCCCAGCAGCAUGCUCUUCCCUCAUGUGAAGAUGUUCCUUGAGAGUCGGCCAAAGGAGCAGCUGUCGGCAGAGUGUAUUCAGAGACUAACAAAGACUAAACGAUGUGGAGCUCGGAAGAACCCACCACAUGUGAUGGAGGUAGAGGCAAUCCAAUGCUGGAACACCAAGAUCCUGCACAAAAUCUUCUUCCCUAAUGACACCAACCAGGCCUUCGAGGUCCAUGCCAGCACCAAAGCAAAGGGCCUGUGUGAGACCAUCGCCAAAGAGCUGGAGCUGAGCUCUCCAGAAGGACUCAACCUCUUUGUACAAGUAGAAGAUAAGGUGAUCAGCAUCCCAGAAGGAGAUUUCUUUUUCGAUUAUGUGCGGCAGGUGUGUGACUGGGUGAAGAAGGAAAGGUGUACACCGGAAGGACUGGCUGGGUCAGUGGCAUACAAGGUGCUCUUCCUGAGGAAGCUAUGGCUGAACGUGGUUCCUGGGCGGGACCUCAAAGCAGACAUCAUCCUUCACUUCCCACAGGAACUUCCAAAGUACUUGCGGGGUUAUCACCAAUGCACCAAAGAAGAUGCCAUCCAGAUUGCUGCAUUCCUGUACAAAGUGAAGUUCGACAGUGACAAAUCUCAGUUCCACAACAUUCCCAAACUACUGAAGGAACUGGUUCCUCAGGAUAUGCUUCGGAUAAUGUCUUCUGAGGAAUGGAAGAAGGCAGUCGUGGCCAUGUUCAACAAACAUGCAGGCAAGACAAGGGACGAAGUGAAGCUCGGCUUCCUUAAAAUGCUGCACCGUCUGGCAACCUUUGGCUCGACCUUUUUUGAAGUGAAGCAAAUAUCUGAUCCUAAGAUUCCAGAUAUAGUGAGGAUAGCCAUCAACAGGUACGGGGUGACGGUGAUAAACCCACGGACAAAGGAACCUCUGGUGACUCAUCCCUUCAACAAAAUCUCCAACUGGUCUAGUGGCAGCACAUACUUUCACAUGUCAGUUGGCAGCAUGACGAGUGGAGGGAAGAUCCUGUGUGAGACCUCGCUGGGUUACAAGAUGGAUGACCUGCUGACGUCAUAUGUGAGUGCCUAUUUAACAGCAGCAAGGCAGAGAACGGCUGGGGGUCCUGCCUGAUGCGAUCAAGGAUAAAGAAGAACUUCAUCAACUAUACUUUAUGAUUUACUUAUCUGCCCAGCUCUCUCUCACUGUUUUGAUUUUUCCUCAUCCCUCUCCCCCACUUCCUUUCCCUCUUUUUCCAUCUCCCACUCUCUUUCUUGCUUAUGCUUUCUUCCUCCUUUUCUCUCUCUCCCUCUCUCUUUCUUGCCCCUUUCUCCAUCCUCCUAAAUGCAUACUACACACUCUGCCCUUCCUUUUGUGGGAAACGCUUCACAGCUGAGAGUUCUGCUCAUGCAGCUGUUUGUGAUUAGAGCUGGACAAUGUGAUGCACAGUGCCUUGUUAACUGGUGAUAUAAUUCAAAGAGACCCAUCAAGAACACCUUUAAACCAUUGAAUGGGUGUGAUGGCCACAUCCUCUGCUUCUAUCUCCAACAACUGAUUGAUGACAGACCCAUUGUUUAAUUUGGGUCUACAUAUUAUAGGCAACCUUGGUGCUUACAGUGUGAUCCCACAUCCUUAAACGUGGAUAGAGAAUUUUCUGUGACAUCGCAGAUGAUAAACAGGGAAAGGGGGUGACCUGCUCCUUCUGCAGAGUACAACAUCCCACGCGCGCCAGCUGGUUUCAGAUGAAAGUUCUCAAUCGGAAUUGUCGACUGUCCAUUUCUCUGCAUGGGUGCUGUUUGGCCCGCUGAGUUCCUCCAGCAGAGUGUUCAUUGCUUCAGGCUGAUUCCCUGUUUUUCAAUUUUCGGUGGUGUCACUGGACAAAAUGCCUUUGCACCAGUGAUGUCACCACGGAGGGUCCUCAUCUCCUCCACCCUUCCCACAGAAUGCCAUGUUCUGGUCACCUGUAGGUCAGAGGAUUCAUCUCCGACCGCUUUGGACAUCAACAUCUUCAAAGAGAAAAUGUUCAUAAAUGUAAAUACUUAGAUGCAGACUAUCUGCAGAGGUUUCUUCGACCUUCUGUGCUUCUCUGGAGAUGCUGGCAGGUGUGCCCAGCACUGCUUCAAUCUGCAACGGUCCAGCACCUACCCACUCUAUACUGAGAGAGCCAUGACUGAUGCAGGUAGCAUCGAGCAGUAUUUUUGUGCCUUCCCCGUGCCAGAGGACCCUCCUCCAUGGGGAAACACCAGGAGUCGCCAACCUCCACAGCACAAUCUUUCUGUUGUAAAUUUUAAUGUGGCAGUAUAUCAGUCCAAAUUCCAGCUUCCUCUUGUUGGAGAGCUUGGGCCACUUGCCCUCUGUUAGCUCCAGACACCUCCACUAAAAGGUUCAGUGAACCUCUGCCUUUCCAAUGGGUGAAGGUCCGAUCGACCAUGCAUCUGUACGAGAGUGUCUGGCUGAAGCUGGGAUGUGUCCGGGUGAAUGAGAUCAUGUGGUGGGAUGAUUGUGGUGACUAUAAUCUGGAGACAUCUGGGAGGUUUGUCUGCAAACAACAUCUGGAAAGUUGCGUCUAGUUCAGGGGGUGUGGUAGUCUGAUCAGUGUGUCUAGGUCUGGGGGAGACUGGACAGUGUAUCUGAGCCUGGGCAUGACUAUGAGUGUAGAUAUGAGCACCAUGAAUCAGUGAUUUUGGGUGUGGUUGAUGUCAACAGUGUUGUAUCAUGUGAUGGGUGAUCUGGGUGGAGUGAGGUUUGGAGUGUUAUGGAUGAUGUAACAUGGGUGGGUGAUGUGUGGGAUGAUGUAAUACUGCUGAUGAUAGUGUUUGCAUUGUGUUCUGGAUGGGGAUGUUCCAUUGACCUUUACCUGGGGGAUUGAAUGAUUUCCUUAUGGAAAAUUUAUGUGACUCCACCAAUCUACACAGCUUCUAAAGAAGCCAUAGAUAUUCAACCGUAACUGCCUCUGUAAAAAUUAACCAGCAUUAUGAUUACUCACAACCAGCAUUACACUUUAAAAGGACUUUAUUGGUUUUAAAGCACAGUGGGACCUUGUUAAAGACGCGGUGAAAAUGUGUGCACUUUCUUUAAUUAUGCAUGUUUAUUUAGUCACUGAAAUAAAUUUUAAAAUGACAACUGGUGUUCAUGCAAAGUUUGUAAUGCAAUAAAGCUCCCAGAAUGAGGUUUAAUCAGAUCAAACUAGACACAAGCAUAUCUGAAAGACAGGGACAAACGUUUGCGCAGAUGAUUCAGUUGGAGAUCCACUUCUCCGUCCAAAAGCUCAGCUGCUGCUUGUGUGUGGUGCUGGAGUGUGCUGCACACUCAGGGGCAUUGGUCUCUGAAAUAUGCAAAGCACAACUCCCGGCAUGUUGAGAUGGAAGUGUCAUGGGCCUGGGGAUAGGAAGCUCUGAGACUCUGCAGAGACUGAAAUUGGAGAUGCUGGGUGUCAAAUAGCAAUGGAAUUAAUGACACUGAGUGAAAUUAUGGUCAGGGCAUGGCCAAUAUAAAGAUGAGGUCACCUUGGGUCAAAGUAGCUUGAUCAUCUUGGGAGUUUUGAAGAAAGUUUGGAUACCAGGGUGACUGCGAACACCCCAGGACCACUAAUGGGAAAUGUCUACUUUCAGGGUCUUCCUGGGAGAGAAUUCAAUAGAACUGCUCUACACCCUCCCAAUUCCUAAGGAUGAAGGUUAGGGUAGAAACUAAGAGGCUCUUUACUCUGCUCGAUAGUGCAUCUGUUGAAAAUAUUCUGGGGAAUGUCCAAGCUUUGAUUAAUGCACCCAGUAUAAUUAAUCAGCCUUAACUGGAGAUAAUUGCGAGAAUCUCGGGUAGGUCCCAGUGAUAAGGCUUGGCUAUUUAGGGUUGCGAAGGAGAGUGAUUUUUUUCCUGACAGUUGUGCAUUUUGAGUAUUUUCUACUCCGGUGAGCUGAGGAGGCCGAGUCACUUGGCACUUUUAAUGUUCAUUCAACUUUGCCACAAAGGAAAUUUCGAGGAUGGUUAAGAGGAAAAUCAGAAGCAUGUAGAAAAUGGUCCUGACCUCAAUGUAUGUAGAAUCAGGCUUGAGGGAUAGAAAUUACUUUGGAAAAAAUUCCAGGAGGUGAAAAUCUCGAAUAUGAAAGUUGGAGAAGAAUGUCGCUAGGCUGGGUAAGAGUGUGAUGAAUAAAGUAUCAGGGUCUGUGAUUCAUGCACCGCCACUCACAUCCCAGUUCUCUGGGCCCAGGCAAUGCAAGUAACCUGCUACCUAAAUCAGGGCAUCAACAACUAUUGUACAAAAGCCUUCACUGAGCUGAGCAAGCAAAACUACGAGCAAUUUACAACACAGGCUUUAUGCAGCUGUCAACCAUAAUCAGUAUAUCUGCUUUCUAAGCUGCUAAAUCCAGCUCCAACAUGGGCACCUUACAUUAUGACACUGGAGACACUUGAAGUCCUGGGACUUCCUUCCUCCCUCUGAAAGUGAGUCUUUGUUGUUUUGGGAAGGGUGCCACAUUUCACUUUUCAGAUCUUGUCUAAGUUUCAACCUCUUAAACUUCUGUGCUUUGAUGAGCUGGGCAUGGAUAAUGUUUCAUUCCCUUUACACUACCAGCAUGUUUUCCCCUUGGCACAGUUUUCUUUAAUUCCUUUCUGUCGUGAAAGAUCUCGUGUACAGACCGUGAGGUUUUGAAACUCUAGGUAACAACACAGUUAUGCCUAAUCUGGACCACAGGUAAAUUCCACAUAAUGCAAGUUUUCUCAAAGUGAAUUAGUGACAUUGAGGUUUGUUGUAGUAACACAUCUGUACUCAGCCAGUUCAAUGCGUGAGCUGUCAGAGAAGUAAUUGAAAAUGUAAAAACAAUGCAGAUCUGGAAAUACAAAAUAAAAACAGAAAAUGUAAAUACUCUGUAUCUUGAGUUCUGAAGAAGGGAUGUUGAUCUUAUAGGGAUGACUGUUUUUCUCUCCCCUGAUGCUGUCAGAUCUGCCAUUUCAGCUUCUCUAUCAGAGAUACAUUGGCGUUCCGUUUGAGUUAGAGAAUGGAAGAAUUGGUACUCUAAAGAAUCACAGGUAGAGAUCAGAAGUUUGAAGACCUACUAGUCAGGAAACACUGAAUAAGUUGUGACCUAGAGCUGGUGUAACAGAGAUCUAAAAGUUUAGUUCAGUAAAUGUAGAGAAGUGAUAAUCAUUAUGAAGCUAAAUCACAUUAAAGGCAUGAAUAUCAUAGCUGGCAAGGAGAGGCUGAUGAUAGGGCAAAGUCAACAGGAUGAGUUGCAAUGUAAAAUAAGGACAAAAAUCAAAAAGGGUGAAUACAGGACUGAAGAUGUUGGAUCUGAAUGCACACAGUAUAUGGAAAAAGGUAGAUGAACUUGUAGCACAGCUACAGAUUGGCAGGUAUGAUGUGGGCAUCACUGAAUCAUGGCUGAAAGAAGAUUAUAGCAGGAAGCUAAUAUUCAAAGAUACACAUUGUAUUGAAAGGACAGGCAAGUAGACGGAAGGGGUAGCAUGGCUCUGCUGGUUAAAAAAAAAUCAGAUCCUUAGAAAGAGGUGAUAUAGGUUCAGAAGGUGUUAACUCAUUGUGAGUAGAGCUAAAUAACUGAAAAGGUAAAAAGACCCUGAUGGGAGUUAUAUAGAGACCCCCAAACAGUAGUAAAGAUGUAAUCUACAAAUUAGAAUGGGAGAUAGAAAAUGAAUGUCAAAAGGGCAUUGUUACAAUAGUCAUGGGAGAUUUCAAUAUGCAGGUAGGUUGGGAAAAUCAGGUUGGUGCUAGAUCCCAACUGGGGGAAUUUAGAGUUUUAGAGUAACUUGUGAUUAAGCCCACUAGAGAAUUAGCUAUUCUGGACUGGGCGUUGUGCAAUGAAGCAUAAUUGAUUAGAGAGUUUAAGGUAAAGGAACCCUUAGGUUCACCCUGCAAUUUGAGAAGGAAAAGAUAUCAGAUGUAUCAGUACUACAGUGGAGUAAAGGUAAUUGCACAGGCAAGAGAGAGAGGAGCUAGCCAAAACUGAUUGGAAAAGAACACCAGCAGGGUUGACAGCAGAGCCACAAUGACUGGAAUUCGGAAGGUGCAGAAUAUAUGCACCCCAAGGAGGAAGAAGUAUUCUAAAGACAGGGUGAUGCAACUGUGGCUGACAAGAGAAGCCAAAGCCAACAUAAAAGCAAAAGAGAGGACAGAUAAUAGAGCAAACAUUAGUGGGAAGUUGGAGGGUUGGGAAACUUUUUAAAACCAACAGAUGGCAACAAAGAAAAGUCAUUAAGAGGGAAAAGAUGGAAUACAUAAAUAACCAUUUUAAUAAAUAUCUUUUUUAUUAGCCAAUAAAAAUAAAGAGGACACUAAAAGAUCCUUCCAAUACAUGAAGUGUAAAAGAGAGGCAAGAGUAGAUAUUGGACUACAGGAAAAAGGGGGACAAGGAAAUGGUGGAAAAACUGAACAAGUAUUUUGCAUCAGUCUUCACCAUGGAAGAGACUAGCACUAUGCUGGAAGUUUGAGUAUUGGGGCAGAAGUGUGUGGAGUUGCUGUUACUGGGGAGAAGGUUCUUGGAAAAAUGCAAGGUCUGAAGGUAGAUAAAGUCACUUGGACCAGAUGGUGUUACACCCCAGGGUUCUGAAAAAGGUGGCUUAAGUGAUUGUGGAGGCAUUAAUUAUGA